AAAUUCACUGGAUUUUGGUUGAUUUUUUUGUGAAUGUUCUUAAGAGAUAUUCCUUUUUUUCCACCAAAAAAUGUUCAAAAAUUCCCAAAAAUGUUGAAAAUGUGGACAUCAGAAGUUUCACUGUGCAAAUAUAUAUUUUUUCCACAUUUUCAAACUUUAAAACGGGUCAAUUUUGACCUGCAGGACAACACGAGGGAUAAUAGAGUUUGCUGCGGUGCAGAUGUAUGAAACACACCAUAAUAUCUGAAGUAAAGGGCUAAAUAUGCUGAUGAAUCCUUAAGAGACAAUCUGUCUCACACCCUUCUUUACACAUUUGUUCUCAACAUGCCACUUUUACUUUCCCGGCAGCACACGCGCUUUUAUUUUGGUUUUUCCUGUCCUCGGCAGUCCACGCUGCAGCACUUGCAGCUCGGGAUGCAUUUUAAACCUCGUCUCUCAUACCAGCCCGUCCCUGCUGCCAGAUUGGUUUUCACACAGUCCCGGCCCCUCCCUGCUACCACGGCGACGCAGCUGUCACCUGUCAGUUUCGUGGUGGGGAUGCGCAACCGGCCUGUUAUGGCUCAGAAUAGCAUUGUGAGAGAGUUUUGCUGGAAGUGGGAGAGCACGGCACCAAGUCCUCGAGAGAAUGAACAGUUGACUAGGAAACUAUCUCAACUAUAUAGGAAUGUGGCAUUUGUGUGCUCGGAGGUUACAGGGCGCCGCUCAUGGGAGAGACUGAAGCGCUUCUACAGACAGAGACUCUGGCUCACAUUGUAUUGAAUGGACGACCAGGACAGAGUAAGCCAAGCAUCCAGUGUGGCCACAAUAUCCUAUUUUCCUGUCAUUAAGGAAAGCGAUGGGAAGGUGCAAACGUUUGGGAAAAGAUGUCAGGCCGCUAAGAGAGACCCCAACUGUGCCGUGGUCAUCCGAGGAUGGCUCAACAAAAAAGACAGCUCUGGUUUGAAGCUGUGGAAGAGAAGAUGGUUCGUCCUCUCCAACUACUGUCUGUUUUAUUACAAAGACAGCAGAGAAGAAUCUGUGCUGGGCAGCAUCCCACUCCCGAGCUACAAAAUCCUGUUCUGCACACCGCGAGAAUGCAAGAACCGAAAGUUCACCUUCAAGGUGGUGCACCAGGGGAUGCGCUCUUACUUCUUCAGUGCUGACACUCAGGAGGAUAUGUUGGGUUGGGUUCGAGCCCUCAGUCAGUCUGCUGCGAUGGAGCCCGACAGCACAAUGAGCAGACGUUGCUCAAGUUAUCAGGAUUUUACAGCGAUAGGUGGCAGCACUGAAUCAGUGGACUUCCCCAAAUCCCCCUCGGAUGAAGAGGGUCCCUCCCGAAAACACAGACACGUCAGCAGGACUCUGAGCGAACCGAGUCAGCUCAGCGGAGGGAGGAUGGGGAGGUCGCAGUCAGAGCAGAGGGAGAGGCGGGGCGGACGUCACAGAAACACUAGCCCUUCAAACAGAUCCCCCAGCCCUCCUGAUUUAAGCAGAAGAAGAGCCUAUGGUCCCAACAGAGAAGAAGAUUCUCUUCCUGGUCAAGACACACCACCACAGACAGACACGAUGGGGACCUCCAGAGGACAGCUGGGGUCUCGACCUCAUACACCAGUAGGGAGGGUUGACAUCCGGCCUCAUGAUGACCCGCUCAUGGGCCCACAGACUCUGUACUACGCACCUGCUUCACCCAAGCUGGAGUUCAAUUCCACUCCUACAACUCCAGUCACAGAACGGUGGCAAAGCCUGAGCAAGCCUGCACCUACUUAUGGUUCUGUCCAUCAUAUACCAAGUGGGCGAAGACCUUUGGGAAAGAGCUACUCCACAGGGGCGCAUACAGACUUACUGCCCCCUUUACCCCCCUCAUCGAGAGCUGCACAUGCCACCCACCCCCCACAACACCACCACCACCAUCACCACCACCACCGCAGCCAUUUGUCUGUUUGUGUGCUACCGCAAGCUAUGCCUCCGAAACCUGACCCGAGGGAAAUGCCACCGAUUCGGCCUCUUGAAAGCGACGCAGACGCGGUGUUGACGAGGUUGUGUGGGUGUGACAAGCUGCUGCAGUCUCUGUCUGUAGAAUUGGCCCAACUACAAAUGGAUAAGGACAGCGUCCAGUGUGCGUUAGAAGUGUCCAGACUACAACUGGAGGAGUGGAAGAGUCAGGGUCCACGAGCCCACGAAGAAGUUCUGACCCAGAAGGUUUUGCUACAAGAAGAGCUGGUCACUAUCCGAGCCAGAAUGUGUGAUGUAUCAAUGGAAAUGGAGCGAGUAUGGUGUCAGUAUGAGAGAAUGGAGAGUGAACUGUCCGUGAUCCGUUCACACCUUCAGCACAUCUGUAACUUUGGAAUGCCACAGGAGCAGUCUCAGGCUCAGAGGGAGCUGUGGAUGAUGGAGGACAUCCUUGCUGGACUGAAGGUCAACAGGGAUCACUUCCGCUUCCUGCUGGGACUACAGAGACACCACAUGUUCCAGUCUGCAGCUCCCCAUCCUGGAUCUCCUGGCUCUCCCACAGAGAGGCUGCAGAGUGGACUGCCAAUGGAUAUGGAACAAGAGCCGCCAGUCCGCCCACCGUUACCUCAGGAGCUACAGGAAACCCACCAGAGCCACCAGAGCAGGGACCAGGGCCACAGCUGGACCGAGUCACCGUAUGAGGGAAUCUACAGCCACACUGUUGAUCCUGUGCACAGAAGAGGAAACAGCCAACCUGACCUCCUUAAUGUGAAAGCGCACAGAGACGCAUCCGAAUCUCAGCCCGGUUCAAAGUGGAUCCCACCAGACACAACCAACCAAUCAACCAAGAAGAUGAAAAUGAAAAUGAGUGAAGAGGAGCAGAUUGAGAGGAUGAAGAGGAAUCAGGAGAGGAUGAGUAACAGGAAGAAACCUCCCAUACCUGCUCCAAACAACCAGAAUCAAAGUUCUGAAACAAAAGAAGAGGCCCCCUUUCCUUUAAGAGUGACACGAGUUGUGACAGCUGUACUGCCGUCCUCACUCGUGGCCAGACGAGUUUCUGUAGAGGAUCCCCCAGCUGAACUCGACGCUCCACUGCCAGAGCAGAUCCCACAUGAGAUGCAGCAAAAACUGGCAGAGCAGAACAAAAAACUGCUAAACAAACCACCUAGGCGGCUCUUGGUGGACAGCCCUGAUCAAACCCGGGCCUCAGUAGAGAUGCACCAGGAUCAGCCAGUUAAAAAGACCAGCAGAAUGCAGCAUCAGGGAGCAUCCAGGAUCCCCAAGAGGGAGUCACGUUCAGAAGUGAGCAGAGCUGAGAGUACAGAGACCUCAAGCAAUCAAGACCAGGAAGGUUUAGGAAAUGGAAGUGAAAGCUCAAGUGCCAGGCUGUUCAAACAGGCAGAGGAACACUCUUCUGUCCUUCUGGCCCCUGACAUGGACCCUGACCCCUGUCUGACCCCCGAGCAGCGAGAGGCCAAGCUCCGGCGAGUGGAACGAAUACGAGAGAGGGUCAUACGGAGCGCAGUCAGAGAGAGUGCUACUACACACAACCAACUCCCGAUCAGGGGACAGGGGAAGGACGUUCGCCGGGAGCCCCCUGACACAGCCAGAAAACAAAGAAUGAAAGCAGGCCAUAAUUCUCACAAUAGCUCUGGAAGCAGUGAGAAUAACUUCAGAAGUUCUGCAGAACUUCAGCUUUCUAGCGCAACAUCUCAGGAUGACGAUGAAGAACAACAACAUGUUAAAAAAUUCAAAACUCAGGGCAAGUUUGGGAGCAAAACACAGCAUAGUGGGAGAGCAGGGGUUGCCAAAGCCAAAAUCAAACGUCCAGAUUCACCGUAUCACAUCUCAUCCAUGAUUGUCUACCAGAAAGAUGGAGGAAAAGGGUUUAUAGGUUGCAAAGAUGACGAACAGAAGCAGCUUGAAGAGCACGGUGAUGAUGAUAAUGAAAGUGAUUUCAAGUCCUCUGAUGUGAGAGCCAAGUGGUUCCUCUCCACCAGCCAGUGGCAAGGAUUCAUGCCUCUGCAGAUCCCUGGAAUAGAAACACUGUGCAAUGAAGAGACAACUGACAUUGACAACCAACCAGCUUGCUCUGAUGAGAAUAAUGAUUCCAAUGAAAUGUCAUCAACAGUGAGUGAAAGCUUGGAGAAAAUGAAAGAGAACCAUUCACUCUUCUAUAAGAUUGCAUGUGACAUCAGUAUUUCAGACUCUGACAUAACAAAGAAUGAUGGGAACUCAUGUGCUCCAACAUCAACUAAGCCAGAAGAAGAGGAAACACUGUUGAUCACUGAAUCUGGGCCAGCUGAAGAGACUGGUAAAGGUGGAACAUCAUCUGACCAAGAGAGUGAAGAUACGAGCCAAAAUCUGACAUCAGAGGAUAAUGAAAAUAGUAAAAUAGCUGAUAAUAAACACCAAGAUUCAACAGUGGAAAACCAGGACAAAGAAGCGGGGACGACUUCAGGGAAUCUAUCAGAAGAGGGACAUGUUAAUGAAAAAAGCACUGCGAAAGAAAGUGAGGACAACUCAGGGCAAGAGGUCAAGCUGAAAGUUACAGAAACCGUCGAUGAAGCUCCUGUUCAACACACUGAUUCAGAUCAGGCUGUGGAUGAAUGCACAAAGAUGUCAGAAGACAAGAAAGAGGACCAAGAGAGAGCGAAAGUAUUGAAGAAAUGUAGAAGUUUAAGUGAGAACAACAACGAGCUAGUGCAAGAACGUGACGACAAACAUGCCGCCUCUCUGUCCAGCUCUUCAUUUGAGGGCGGAAGUGUGAUUCGGAGUGCUUCUUUUGGGAAGGCAAGAGUAACUGUAUUAAGGACAAGUUUGUAGAAACAAGAACGGUGGAGGCUUAAGGAGCUUAAGUGACGAACUUGGGAAGGACAAGAACACAGUUAAGUGAUUUAUUGUAACGGAAAAUAAGAAAGAAAGAGGAUUUCAAAGGAUUUUGGACUUAACAGAGUGAGUUAGAAAUUCUAUAAUGGGAACAUGGGGAAAUCAGAAAUGGACAUAAUAUAUGGCAAACUUGAACAUUUCCAUUAUUAGUUGGAUUUUAAUGCAAAUGCAGUGGAAAGUCUUAAUAUAUCAUCAAAACAUAAUUAUAUAUGCAAUUACACUGUAGUUCUUGCAGGUGAUGGUACAAACCAAAUACAUCAUGUAUAGUUGCUGUCAAAUACGUGUUCAGUAUGUGAAGUUAACACAUUCAUUCCUCUCAAAAUAUGCAUCUAACACAGCACAGGAAUUAUAGAUGAUGUCUGCUUUUGGUCCGGCAACAUAACCCUGUUAUUGUCACUGUAACAAAAUGUGUUUUGUAUCACAGAUUGUAUCCUGAUUGAAUAAACAUGUUGUGUGCUA